ACAGUCCGCCGACGUCCUGCGCGGGAGCGGAAAACGUGCGUCCGACUGUGCGGAAAAGGAGAGCUCGGUAAUACAUCCAGCAUGGCCAGAGACUGGAAACCCGGUGAUCUGAUUUUUGCCAAGAUGAAGGGGUAUCCUCAUUGGCCUGCAAGAAUUGAUGAAGUCCCAGAUGGUGCUGUGAAGCCGUCCAACAUCAAGUUUCCAAUUUUCUUCUUUGGCACCCAUGAAACAGCAUUUCUGGGGCCAAAAGAUAUAUUUCCCUACCUCCCGAACAAAGACAAAUACGCCAAGCCCAACAAGAGGAAAGGCUUCAAUGAAGGAUUGUGGGAGAUUGAGAACAACCCCAAAGUGGAGCUUACGGCCCCCAAGCCGGUUCCUCCUGAGGGCUUCAUUGAAAAGGAUUCAGACAGCAGUCCAGAGGGAGACGAGCAUGCAGACGACAAAGCAAUGAAACCUAAAGUACCGGUUCCAGGAAGUGAGGCUGAGCAUGAGAAUGAUCAGGAGGAGGAGGAGGAGGAGGAGGAACAGGAGCAGGAACAGGAGCAGGGCUCUCUGAUGUCUGAGCAGGGUGCUCAGGACCAGGAUGGCUCUGCUCAGAAGGAAUCAUCUGAUGCAUCUAAACCCAAGAGAGGAAGGAAGAAAAAGGCUGAUACAGACCAGGACAAUGAAAAAGAUGACGCACCAGCGAGUCCUGCCAGUCCGUCAGGUGGAGAAGUGCCGAAACGAAGAGGCAGGAAGCCCAAAAGUGAGAAGCUUCUUUUGCUGCAGCAGCAAGAACAGCAAGGCUCUGGAAGUGAGAUGGAUCCUGGGGAGUCUGAGAAAAAGCGAAAGAGAGCCCCAGACGAUAAGGCCCAAAGUGGAGAGGAGGACAAGCGAAAGAAGGAGGACAGCAAAGGAAAAGACGCAGAGGUGAAAGAACCUGAGAACAAGAAGAAGAAGCAGUCGAAAGAGGACAGCUCCUCUGGCUCGGAGGAUGAAGAGAAAAACAAGGGGAAAAAGAAGCAGCAGAACUCAGAAAUGGACAAAGAUGUCCGACGGCGUAAGGCGGAGGAAGCGAGAGAACCAAAUAAAGAUGAUGGGAAGAAAGCUGAAGAAAAGACGGGAGCCAAGAAGAAAGAGCUGUCCACUGACUUGAAACUCCAGAAGCUACACAGUGAAAUCAAGAUUUCACUGAAAAUUGAAAACCCUGAUGUGAAGAAGUGUUUGGACGCCCUGGACGAGAUCAGCGCCCUUCAAGUCACAACUCAACACCUGCAGAAACACAGUGACCUUAUUGCUACGCUCAAAAAGAUUCGCAGGUUCAAGGCGAGCCAGGAUAUCAUGGACAAGGCCACCAUGUUGUAUAACAAGUUUAAGAGCAUGUUUCUGGUGGGAGAAGGCGACUGUGUGCUGAGCCAGGUGCUCAACAAGUCUUUAGCUGAGCAGCGGCAACACGAGGAGGCGAAGAAAGGAGCGCUGAAGAGGGUCGAGUCAGCGAAAGAAAACAACCCAGACAAGGUGACAAACGGUGAUGCGAGUCCAGACGAGAAGAAGCCGGAGGCGGACAGAGAGAAGCCUGCUGAAGACGCUCCGGCGGGAGAAAGUCAAAGUGCCCCAAAAGCUCCGGAGGAGUCCACCUGAAUGUCCCGUACGCCUGAAGGAAAACAUUUUGCUGCUUUGUUCCGACUGGCCUGAACAGCGAGGACAUCCUGUUCGCUCACAGCUAACAGCCGUCGCUGGUUUGUAGUUAAACGAUUGUUACCCGUCAGCGUUGCUGCUUUUAAACUUCAAUAGAUUAAACCCCACCCUACCCACAUAAUGACUGACUGCAUAUUUUAUUUUUGUACUUAAUACUUACCUUUCACACACACGCCUUGUGCGUCAUUGUUACAGAGACUGAAGUCGGGAGUAAGAGAUUGUGUUAUUGUGAGAGUAGAUUUUCUCGCUAUUUGAAUGUUUCCAAACAUGGUAGGUAGAAACCGAAUGAUUGAAUUCUCAUCAGUGUUUGUUUAGAUGCUCAGAUAUGAUCGAUAGGUCAGGUGGUUUACCAGUAGUUAGCUGCAGUAACUGUCAUGAGCACGUUUCAUACACAUUUCCUUCAGAUGCACAACAUGCGGAGGGUGCCAAAGUGUCUUUUGCCGAGAAGAUUUUAUUUCUAAACCGUGUUCAAUGUUGUAUUGAGUUCUGUUUUUUUUUUUUAACAUAAGAUGUAAAUAAGAGUAUUUUUGUGCCUGUCUGAGCUGUUUCAGUGUCCAGUAAUAAAGUGAUAGCUUUAGCUCA